AGAACGCCUGCGCAAACGCGCGCGGGAGGCCGCGUUUAGCCAAUUUCUGAAGACAAGUGGUGUUUUCCCGGUCAGGGGCCUUCUGGUUUGCUGAGAUGUUGCGCGUGGUGAGCUGGAAUAUCAAUGGAAUCCGGAGUCCUCUGCAGGGGGCGGUAUGCCCGGAAUCCAGCAACUGUGCCAACGUGACCGUGGAACGUACUUUGGAGGAAUUGGGCGCUGAUAUCGUCUGUCUCCAGGAAACCAAAGUGACCAGGGAUGUGCUGACAGAGCCCCUGGCUAUUGUUGAGGGAUAUAACUCCUAUUUCAGCUACAGCCGCAGCCGUAGUGGCUAUUCUGGUGUAGCCACCUUCUGUAAGGACAGCGCUACCCCAGUGGCUGCUGAAGAAGGCUUGAGUGGCCUGUUUGCCACCCAGAAUGGGAACGUGGGUUGCUAUGGAAACAUGGAUGAGUUCACCCAGGAGGAGCUCCGGGCUUUGGAUAGUGAAGGCCGGGCCCUCCUUACACAGCACAAGAUCCGAACGUGGGAAGGGAAGGAGAGGACCUUGACCCUAAUCAAUGUGUACUGCCCCCGUGUGGACCCUGAGAAGCCUGAACGACUGACCUUCAAGAUGCGCUUCUGUCGCUUGCUGCAGAUCCGAGCAGAAGCCCUUCUGGCGGCUGGCAGCCACGUGAUCAUUCUGGGUGACCUGAAUACAGCCCACCGCCGCAUUGACCACUGUGAUGCAGGCAACCAGGAGUACUUUGAAGAGGACCCAGGGCGCAAGUGGAUGGAUGGUUUGCUUAAUAACAUAUGUUGCCAAAGUGGGUCCCACGCGGGACCCUUCAUUGAUACCUACCGUUAUCUUCAACCACAGCAAGAAGGGGCCUUCACAUGCUGGUCAGUGGUCAGUGGCGCCCGCCAUCACAACUAUGGCUGCCGGCUUGACUAUGUGCUAGGGGACAGGACCCUGGUCAUGGACACCUUACAGGCUUCUUUCCUGCUCCCUGAGGUUAUGGGCUCUGACCACUGUCCUGUGGGUGCUGUUUUGAGUGUAUCCUCUGUGCCUGCAAAGCACUGCCCACCCCUGUGUACGCGCUUUUUUCCUGAGUUUGCAGGCACUCAGCUCAAGAUUCUUCGUUUCCUAGUUCCCCUGGAACACAAACCUGUGUUGGAGCCACCAGCUUUGCAACUUAGCAAUCAAACUCAGGUACAGAAACGGCAAAACAAAUUCUGCGUUCGGUUAACCAGGUCUCAGGCAAGUCAAGCUAGCUCCAGAAGAAGCCAGAAAAACAUGACAAGCUACUUCCAGCCCUCUUCUAGCCAUCCCCAAACUUCUUCUGACUUGAAGCUGCCUACUGUGCCUCUGGUGGGAACCCUCGGGACCACAGAGACUCCAGAAAAAGAGGCAAUAGCCAAAGUGGUAGAAGGGGAGAUCAAGUCUUCCGGAGCCAAAGAGAAUAAGGAGGUACUGACCUCAUUCUGGAAGUCUGUAUUGCGAGGGCCUUUUCCCAUGCCUCUGUGUAGGGGCCACAGGGAGCCAUGUGUGAUGCGUACUGUGAAGAAGGCAGGACCCAACCUGGGCCGCCAGUUCUACAUGUGUGCCAGGCCUCAGGGUCCUCCCAGUGACCCCUCCUCCCGCUGCAACUUCUUCCAAUGGACAAGGCCCAACUGAACCAACUGAGGGCUAGAGAUGUUUAGCAUGGUCAUCCCUGCAUAGGACCUCAUCCCAUCUCCCAAGUUGCUAAUGCUGCCUUCUCUCCCAAAGCUUCCUUUUCUCCUUUCUUCAUCCUUCUCUUCUUUGUGUUCCUAUUCUUCCUCUCAAAAGGCUCCCAUCUUUCAUGGUGUAAUUUCUUAUCCUCCUCUGAAGCCUCUCUUCCUCUUUCCUGUUACUUAACUUUUCUUUAUUGGCAAACUUUUUUAUGCCUUAAUACUCUGACCCAGUCCUGUACCCCACUUUUCCACCUUCCUAUCAGGAGUAUGUGGGAACCAGGUGUUUCAAGUAGUUACCAUUUUAAACCCUAUCUGUCCUUAUUGUAAAAUAUUCAUAAAUAAAGUGUCUUUGUUACAGAGUA